UGCACGUCAUACCACACAAUUUCCCACCUUUUCCACCAGGUUUUGUACAAGCCGCUGUCUUCUUCUUCGAGCUCUAUACUACAAUAUUUAUUCUCUGUUGCUCUGUCUGUUUACAAAUUAACAAUGCCCUUAUUCUCUUCCACACAAACCAAGCUUCCUCCUUUCCCUUGUUCCACUCUCUACCCUCUUUCUCGCUCUCUUUCCUCUGUUCCCACUCUCAAACUCCGCAGACUUACCAAUCUUCCUCAACCUCUCCGAGUCCGCGCCAUUGACGCUGCACAGCCUUACGACUACGAGACCCAUAUCAAAACCCAUUUUCACCAAUCGAAUUCCCUCAAAAUCGCCAUCUUUGGGUUUGGAAAUUUCGGCCAGUUUCUAGCCAAGGCGUUCGUCAACCAAGGUCACUCUGUCCUCGCUUACUCUCGCUCCGACUACUCCAACACGGCUCAGAAACUCGGCGUCUCGUUCUAUACGGACCCACACGACCUCUGCGAACAACACCCAGAAGUGGUUGUCUUAUGCACAUCCAUUUUGUCCACAGAAAGCGUGAUCAAAUCGAUCCCAUUUCAGAGAUUGCGUCGAAACACCCUUUUCGUCGAUGUGCUUUCGGUCAAAGAGUUUCCAAGAGAUUUGCUGUUGAAGCAUUUGCCGACUGAGUUUGACAUACUCUGUUCGCACCCAAUGUUUGGACCCCAGAGCGGCAAACAUACGUGGGUUGGUCUUCCUUUUGUGUACGAUAAGGUCAGGAUAGGCGACAGUGGGUUCAGAAUCAAUCGGUGUAAGAAAUUCUUGGACAUUUUCGCGAGGGAAGGUUGUAGGAUGGUCGAAAUGUCGUGCGAGGAGCAUGAUAGGCAUGCGGCGGGUUCACAGUUCGUGACGCAUACGAUGGGGAGGGUGUUGGAGAAGUAUGGUUUGGUUUCUUCGCCAAUAAAUACAAAAGGGUACGAGACCCUUUUGGAUUUGGUGGAUAAUACAGCAGGGGAUAGCUUUGAUUUGUAUUAUGGACUGUUUAUGUAUAAUAAAAAUGCAAUAAAGCAGCUUGAGAGGUUGGAUAUGGCAUUCGAGGAUCUUAAGAAAGAGCUGUUUGGGCAUUUGCAUGAGGCCUGUAGGAAAGAGCUGUUUGGGCAUGCAAAAGCUAGAACGGAAAUUUCAGACGAUAAAGAGCCUGCCCGGCCACGGAAGUUGCUUUCUCUUGGUGCUCAAAAUGGUGUUCUUGUAAAUACUAUUACGGAGACAGAGAAAAGUGAUUGAAAAGAGAAAAGUGAUCGAAAAGAAAAGAAAAAGGAAAACUGAAAAUGAUAAUUUUCUGCUUCUGUGGUCUGCAUACAUAUAUAUAUAUAUAUAUAUAUCUAUGAAUGCUAUUUAAAUACUUUGCCUUUUUCUUUUGGUCGGACACGAUCUUGUAGUGCCGCUCAGGAAAAAGUCGACCUUUUUCUAUUUUAAUCAACUUUCAUAUGAUCUAGUUUUAAUAAUUAGCUAUAUAGUGGGCGAAAUAUGAUAUAUAAUAGAUUUGUAACUAUCAAGAGGAUGCAUUUCCUUGUUACUUUAAUAAAGUGCCUUUUUA